AGCAGCCCUCUUCUACUCGGUUUGCAACUUUGCUCUCUCACUCCUUAUCUCAAGAACAGAAGCAAGAAAUAUGGCACCUGUUGCCCUGAUUCUGGUCGACAUUCAGAACGAUUUUAUUGAGGGCGGAUCGCUCGCUGUACCUGAGGGCUCAAAGAUAAUACCUGCAGUUCACAAACUUAUGGAUAAGGCAAAGCUGAUUAUAGCUACACAAGACUGGCAUCCUGCUGAUCACGUUAGCUUUGCAGUAAAUCAUACGAACAAGCAGCCUUUUGAGGAGAUUACGAUACAGUAUGAUGAUGGCCGUGAUACAAAGCAAGUUUUAUGGCCUGCACAUUGUGUGCAAAAUAGCCAUGGUGCAAAACUUUUGGAAAGUCUCCCAAGGCAGUCUAUACAGCACAUUGUGCAAAAGGGCAUGAAUACAAAAGUGGACUCAUACAGUGGUUUUGCUGAUAACGAUUACCAAGAAAUCACAUCACUCGCAAAGAUCCUUUAUCAGAACUUUGUGGACACAGUGAUUGUGGUUGGCUUAGCAGCCGACUAUUGCGUGAAAAUGACCUGCUUGGACGCUGUCAAGUUUGGUUUCAAAACAGUACUUGUUAAAGAAGGUACACGCGCUGUCGCUCCAGAUCAACUUGAUGCUACCAUGGAAUACUUGCAUUCCAAAGGCGUUGAAGUCGUCGACGUGGAUCAUGCAGUAAAAACAUAUUUGCAACAGUAGCCGUCUU